CACCAUUGUAUGUAUGGUGAGACCCGGCGCCUCACUAUCGGACUACUUUCCAUGAGCGUAGCGGAUGUCUUCCACUCAUUGUGUUCCGGGGCUGGCGGAGUGAUCUGGAGUGGUGAGGGUCCCGACUGGAGACAGACAGACAGCGGGGAUCGAUAACAAACACACUCGGAAAAAAAUUAUGACUGCAAGAACAGGCAGCUAGCAGGCUUGUUAUCUUUUGUAAGCCAGAAUCACAUGCAGGCGAAUCAAGACAGCCAGGACCAUGGAAAGAAAAGGUGUACCUGUUAAGCGUAUUCUCAACAAGCCCCAGAUAGUCCGCAGCCUGGGCAACAACCUUCACACAGAUGUGAAUGCCAGCCACUCCCGGGCUGGAUGGUCACUCCUGACCAAAGUGCAGCGCAGCAAGCACAAGCAUCAUUAUGACACCAACCAUCAAAUCAGGGCCAAGCCAGAUUUAAACACAACACUACCAGUUCGACAGACCGCAUCCAUCUUCAAACAACCAGUGACCAAGGUAACAAACCAUCCCAACAACAAGGUGAAGACGGACCCGCAGAAGGCCGUGGACCAGCCGAAACAACUGUUCUGGGAGAGGAAGUUGAGCGGGUUGAAUGCAUUUGAUAUCGCAGAGGAACUGGUGAAAACUAUGGAUCUUCCCAAAGGCUUACAGGGUGUUGGGCCUGCGUGUUCAGAUAAAACACUGCUUUCUGCCAUCGCCAGUGCUCUGCACACCAGCCCCGCUCCUGUCACCGGACAGCUCACUGCCGCUGUGGAGAAAAACCCCGGAGUCUGGCUCAACACGACACAGCCUCUCUGCAAAGCGUUCGUAGUGACUGAUGAUGACAUCAGGAAGCAGGAGGACCUGGUGCAGAAUGUGAGGAGGCGGCUGGAGGAAGCCCUCACGGCUGAUAUGUUGGCUCAUAUAGAGGACACCGCCGCAGACGCAGCAGCGGCCAACAAAGUGGAGGAGAAAGUUGAGCAGGUGGACAAGGAGGAAUUAUAGCCAAGGCUCGGAUGACAUGAAGAUUGCUGGUAAAGUCUUUUCAUUUUCAAACAAUUGGCUCCAUGAAGAUUUUUUUAUACACUUCAAACGGAAACAGAUGCUAUCUGCAGACACGCUGCAGAUUUUGUUUACCUAAACAAAGACUCUUUUCUUUAUUUGUAUGUUGUUGUUGGUUUUUUUUACACGUGUAAGUGUAAUCCUGGAAGGGUGCUUUUGAGUUUUCAGUUUGUUUUUACCUUUUACUAAUGUAUGGCAAAUUUUCUUUAGACUGUUAAAUUGUUUAGUGUUUUCGGGAAAUAAUGGCAUCACCAUGUCACUAUUGACAAUAUAGUGAGUAAAAGGAAAUUACUGUUUCUGUAAGUAGUUGUACUUUUAAGGCAGUUUAUGGCAGUUGUGGAUGUUGAUACGAUGCAGUGUUACAUUUAUUUAACAGCUGUUCAAGCUCAAAGUUAAAAACACAAACCAGAUGUGUGUGACUGAAGUGUGUGUGUGUGUGUGUGUUGAAUGUAAUUGAAAUAUUGAUUGUGUUCAUGUCUUUUGUGUGUUUCUUUUUUUUUUAACAUGUUGCUCUUUUAUAUAUUUUACUCUGGCACUGUAGGUAGGGUGUUUAUGUUUGUAAGCAUGGAAAGGCUGCAGUAUGUUUACAUGCACACAGCACCCCCGUGGCUGUGACUAAGAGUUUACAGCUCACAGCAGUGUUAUUUCUCACAAUAACCUGAGUUUACAUGGUUUUGAUGUCUAAGUCAAAUUAUCAGUACUGUUUCACCAGCUACAUUUGAAUUUUAAUCUGUAACGGAAAAUGUGUGUACCCUCAGAAAAUACAAAAACAAACAACACUGAUGUACCUCAUAACAAGAUGUACUGUACCUCAUUACAAGAUUCAUGAUUUGUCUCUGUUCUGCCGUGUCACUGUCAAAUAAAUGCAGCUCUUUCAUGA